GAAGCUUCGUUUCAUAGCAGCAGCCGUGCAGAAAGCAUUCAACAAAGCGAGUCGACGUCACAGCCAUCGGGGCUCGUGCGAAGCACGUUCUUGUGUAGCUCGCGCUCCGCGUCUGACAACCCAUUCGGAAUUCUGGAACCGCCCCGGAAGCUACGAUGCUAGAGGAGUCGAACAAGGCGGCCGGAGACACCCUCGAGACGAGUACCAACCUGGACAAGAGCGUAGGAGAUAUGAGCGAGACCGCCUCGAAGCAUGUGAGUCCCUCGUCCCUGAAGCGGCACCUCCGCAAGACGUACGGCCGCCGGCCCAUGGAGCUGGUGAACCGCUACUUCCGGUCCAUGUUCGACCUAGCUGCGUAUGCCAAUAACUCGGCCUUUCUCAUGCGAUGCCGGGCCAUGCGUGUGGUGCCCAAGGUGUACCGCGUCGACUGCCGCGACAUCAAGAAUACACGGCACGUCAUUCGUAUCUUGGACGAGUGCAGCUACCGCCUUAUGCUAGCAGACCUGGACUACAACCGUCUGCGCAAGGUGCAAGUCACACGUCUCCUGGAGAGGCUGCACGAAAAGCUCGAGAAGAUCAUGUCCGCAGAGGACCUGCGCAACGUAGUGCUGCUAUCCAAGACCAAGUACGAACACAUCUUCGAAGCAACGCGCGACAAACAGCGAGGAAUGUUUGCGGAAUUGUUGAAGGAGUAUGAGAUCGACCAGAAAAAAGACGACGGCGACAACGAAGAAUGAUGAGGUACUGACCCUGCGGUGGUUCGCUGGCGUACAAACAGGUCACCAGGACAGGUGCUGAGGUUUGGCAUCGGCGUCAUCGCUGUAGGGAUCGGAAGGCUUUUUGAGGACUAACCGGGACGAGGAUUCGCUUGCUGUACUCUUGUUCACGUUGUUUCUUAUUGGUUUGACGUUAAACGUUAACGUAAGUGACGCCAAAAAUGCAGCGUGUUAAGUACAUGACCGCGAUAAGUGAUAACGCUUUUUGUUUCCUGUUUUUGUUUUUGCUGAAUUGCUAUGUUCCCACAUAAUAAAAAGCAGUUUAGCAUGUU